GAGACGGUUCGCAAGUGCCCCAGGAAGUGCCUGUGGGCGGUCCACCGUUUCUCCCACACCUCUGAACGCUUUUCUCCUCAGAACCUCUGGCAAGUUUUAGCAAGUAAAAUUGGCCUCCCAGAUGUGUGGAACUGUCCCUGGCGCUGUAGCCUUUCACCACCAUCUCUACCUUCUUCCUUCUGAGGGAUCCUGAAACCUCUUGUCAUGGAAAAGUACCACGUGUUGGAGAUGAUUGGAGAAGGCUCUUUUGGGAGGGUGUACAAGGGUCGACGAAAAUACAGUGCUCAGGUGGUGGCCCUGAAGUUCAUUCCAAAGUUGGGACGCUCAGAGAAGGAGCUGAGGAAUCUGCAACGAGAGAUUGAAAUCAUGCGGGGUCUGCGGCAUCCCAACAUUGUGCAUAUGCUCGACAGCUUUGAGACUGACAAAGAGGUGGUGGUGGUGACAGACUAUGCUGAAGGAGAGCUCUUUCAGAUCCUGGAAGAUGAUGGAAAACUUCCUGAAGACCAGGUUCAGGCCAUUGCUGCCCAGUUGGUGUCGGCCCUGUAUUAUCUGCAUUCCCACCGCAUCCUCCACCGAGACAUGAAGCCUCAGAACAUCCUCCUUGCCAAGGGUGGUGGCAUCAAGCUCUGUGACUUUGGAUUUGCCCGGGCUAUGAGCACUAACACAAUGGUCCUGACCUCCAUCAAAGGCACACCCCUCUAUAUGUCUCCGGAGCUGGUGGAAGAGCGACCAUAUGACCAUACCGCGGACCUCUGGUCUGUGGGCUGCAUCCUGUAUGAGCUGGCUGUUGGCACCCCGCCCUUCUACACGACUAGCAUCUUUCAACUGGUCAGCCUCAUCCUCAAGGACCCUGUGCGCUGGCCCCCCACCUUUAGUCCUUGCUUCAAGAACUUCCUGCAGGGACUGCUCACCAAGGACCCCCGGCAGCGUCUGUCCUGGCCAGACCUCUUACAUCACCCCUUUAUUGCUGGUCAUGUCACCAUAAUAACUGAACCAGCAGGCUCAGAUUUGGGUACCCCAUUCACCAGUCGCCUACCUCCAGAACUUCAGGUGCUAAAGGACCAGCAGGCGCAUCGGCUGGUCCCCAAGGGCAAUCAAUUUCGCAUCUUGCGUCAAGCCUGUAAGCGCAUGGCUGAGGAGCUCAAGCAGAAGAGACACCAGAACACAGGACCUGCCGUUGAGCAAGAGGACAGGACCAGCAAGGUGGCUUCUGGCACAGCCCCUCUGCCCAGACUAAGGGCCACUCCUCAAGAAUCAGGCCUCUUGGCUGGGAUCUUGGCCUCAGAAAUGAAGAGCAGCUGGCCUGAGUGUGGGGCUGGAGAGGACCCCCCUGCACCUCGGGAAAACUGGACCACCCAGGAUUGUGAACGAGCAUUCCCAGAGCUGAGGCCAGAGGUGAUGGGCCAGCAGAGCAUCGAUGCAGUGGAUUUAGAGAAUGAGGAGCCAGACAGCGAUGAUGAGUGGAAACACCUGCUAGAGACCAGCAAGCCCAUGCCCAUACAGCUGAAGGCCCCUCUCACCCUGCUGUGCAAUUCUGACUUCUGCCAGCGCAUCCAGGCUCAGCUACAUGAGGCUGCAGGGCAGAUCCUGAAAGGCAUGCUGGAGGGCGCUUCCCAAAUCCUUCCCACACUCCGGGUCCUGAGCAGUCUUCUGUCCAGCUGUAGUGACUCCGUUCCCUUGUACUCCUUCUGCCGGGAGGCGGGGCUCCCUGGGCUGCUGCUCAGCCUACUCAGACACAGCCAGGAGAACAACAGCAUCCAGCAGCAAUGCUGGUGUGGGACCUUCUUACAGGACCUGAUGGCCGUGAUUCAGGCCUACUUUGCCUGCACCUUCAACCUGGAGAGGAGCCAGACAGGUGACAGCCUACAGGUAUUUCAGGAGGCCGCCAACCACUUUCUGGACCUGUUGGGGAAGCUGCUGGCCCAACCAGAUGACGCCGAGCAGAACUUGCGGAGGGACAGCCUUAUGUGCUUUAUUGUUCUGUGUGAAGCCAUGGAUGGGAACAGCUGGACCGUUGCCAAAGCCUUUUACUGCAGCCUGCUGACCACGCAGCGGGCUGUGUUGGACGGGCUCCUUCAUGGCUUGACAGUUCUCCAGCUCCCUGUCCACAGCCCCCCAGGAGCCCCCCAAGUGAGCCAGCCACUGCGAGAGCAGAGUGCGGAUCUGCCUGGAGCCCUUUCCUCUGCACUGGCAGCCAUCUGUACUACUCCUGUGGGGCUGCCGGGCUGCUGGAAAGCCAAAGAGCAGAUCACUCGACAUUUGGCAAAUCAGCUCAUCGAAGACAGCACCCAGCUGAGGCCGUCCAUCAUCUCUGGCCUGAAGCAUCCCAUCCUGUGCCUACACCUUCUCAAGAUUCUCUACUCCUGCUGCCACAUCAGUGAGCACCUGUGCCAUCUUCUAGUGCAGGAGCCCCUGGCCUUGGAGUCACUGUUGAUGUUGGUCCGGGGCAAGGUAAAGGUAGUAGAUUGGGAAGAGUCUGCCGAAGUGACGCUCUACCUUCUCUCCCUUCUUGUCCUUCGGCUCCAAGAUCUGCCUUCUGGAAUGGAGAAGUUAGGCGGUGAGAUUGCUACUGUCUUUACCCGUUCACAUGUCGUCUCUCUUGUGAGCGCAGCAGCCUGCCUAUUGGGACAGCUUGGUCAGCAAGGGGUGCCCUUUGACCUCCAGCCUGUGGAGUGGAUCGCUGCAGCCACACAUGCCCUGUCUGCCCCUGCGGAGGUCCGGUUGACUCCACCAGAUGGCUGUGGAUUCUAUGAUGGCCUCUUCAUCCUUCUGCUGCAGCUCCUCAGCCAGGAGGGGAAGGGUAGCCUGAUAAGGGAAGUGGCUAGCUCAGAAAUGUGGACGGUUCUAUGGCAACGCUUCUCCAUGGCUCUGAGGCUCCCUGAGGAGGUAUCAGCACAGGAAGAGGAGCUGUCCCUGUGCAGUCCACAAAGCCCAGGGCCAGACUGGACGCUGAUCUCACCCCAAGGCAUGGCAGCCCUGCUGAGCCUGGCCGUGGCCUCCUUUACCCAGGAGCCCCAGUUAUGCCUGAGCCACCUGUCUCGGCGUGGAAGCAUCCUCAUGUCCACCCUGAAGCAUCUGCUUUCCCCCAGCUUCCUGCAUCAGCUGGGUCAGGCGCCUCACGGGUCUGAGUUUCUACCUGUCAUGGUGCUCUCCGUCUGCCAGCUCCUCUGCUUCCCCUUCGCCCUGGAUGUGGAUGCUGACCUCCUUGUCGGUGUCUUGGCUGACCUCACAAACUCGGAAGUCACUGCUCACCUGCUGCAGGUCUGUUGCCACCAUCUUCCGUUGCCACAAGUCGAGCUUCCCAUCAGUCUUCUCACGCACCUGGCCCUCACGGAUUCCACCUCUCUCAACCAGUUUGUGAACACAGUGGCUGCCUCCCCUAGAAGUAUGAUCUCAUUCCUCUCCAUUGCCCUCCUUGGUGACCAGCCAUUGCUGACCUCUGACCUUCUGUCUCUGCUGGCCCACACAGUCCGGGUACUGUCUCCUAGCCACUUGUCCUUUAUCCAAGAACUCCUGGCUGGUUCUGAUGAAUCCUAUCGGCCCCUGCGCAGCCUCCUGGGCCACCCAGAAAAUUCCGUGCGGGCCCGCACUUAUGGGCUUCUGGGACACUUGCUGCAACAUAGCAUGGCCCUGCGAGGGGCACUGCAGAGCCAGACUGGACUGCUUAACCUUCUGCUGCUGGGGCUUGGAGACAAAGAUCCUGUUGUGCGGCGGAGUGCCAGCUUUGCUGUAGGCAAUGCAGCCUACCAAGCUGGUCCCCUGGGACCUGCUCUGGCAGCCGCAGUACCUGGUAUGACCCAGCUGCUUGGAGAUCCUCAGGCUGGUAUCCGGCGCAAUGCCGCAUCAGCUCUGGGCAACUUGGGGCCUGAGGGCUUGGGGGAGGAGCUGUUACAGUGCCAAGUACCCCAGCGGCUCCUAGAGAUGGCGUGUGGAGACCCCCAGCCAAAUGUGAAGGAGGCUGCCCUCAUUGCCCUCCGGAGCCUCCGACAGGAGCCCUGCAUCCAUCAGGUGCUAGUGUCCCUGGGCGCCAGUGAGAAAUUAGCCUUGCUCUCUCUGGGGAAUCCAUCACUGCCGCACAGCAGUCCCAGGCCCGCCUCUGCCAAACACUGCAGGAAACUCAUUCACCUCCUGAGGCCAAACCACAGCACAUGAUCCCAGAUUUCUGGGGUCCAGCCUCUAGCCUUCGUUGACCUGCUAUUGCCAACUCUUCUUUUUCUACUAUACAAGCCACCCACUCAACCAAGAGCUAAAAAGACUAAAAAAGAGAGAAACUGCCAACUCAACUGAGUUGAGAAUGAGAAGCUAGAAGAGAUUUAUGUAUAAAGGUCCUUCCUUCCCCCAGAUUCAGAUGAUUUCAACCAGUAAACGUCAUUGCUGUCAGUGCCACAGAAGAUUCCUUGCUUGUCUGUAACCAGGGGUCUUUCUCCAAUAAUUUGCCUUUAACUCCAGGAACAUUCCUCUGGACCUUAGGGGGACACCUUCUACCUGAGCGAUCUCUUCCUUUCUGGAGCUCCUGUAACCCUCCCUGUGGGUUCUUGCUUUAGGUGCACUGGCCCCAGGACAGUCAUGAAGACAGAGCCCAUCUCAGCUCUAGGCUGUGGGGAUAAAUGCCAUCAGUCCCUGUUGUGGAGGGUUCCCCAGCCUGUAGCCCACAUUCCCAUCCAUGGGAGGGGUGGAGAGUGUAUCUUUUCUAUUUUUUGUACAUCUGUUUGUAAACUCUUGCAAUAAAAGGUGUGCCUCA